GUGAUCCCGGCGCGUGCAUUUCUACGGACCCCAUCUGCGCAGUCCGGUACUUGCAACAGCCUCGCUUUUUCCUCUUCGUCCUCCAGUGGCCUACGGAGCCAACCACUAUCCUCCCCACGACUUGCUGUCCUGCGCCCGCAACCAUGUGCCGCACCCUGGCUACCUUCCCCAACUCCUGCCUGGAGAGAGCCAAAGAGUUCAAGACGCGUCUGGGGAUCUUUCUCCAUAAAUCGGAGCUGAGCUCCGAUACUGGAGGUGUUAACAAGUUCGAGUGGGCCAGUAAACAUAGCAAAGAGAGAAGCUUCUCGGAAGAUGUUCUGGGAUGGAGAGAGUCCUUUGAUCUGUUGCUGAGCAGCAAGAAUGGAGUGGCUGCCUUCCAUGCUUUCCUAAAGACUGAGUUCAGCGAGGAGAAUCUGGAGUUCUGGCUGGCCUGCGAGGAGUUCAAGAAGAUCCGAUCAGCCACCAAACUGGCCACCAGGGCUCACCGCAUCUUUGACGAGUACAUUUGCAGCGAAGCCCCUAAAGAGGUGAACAUAGACCAUGAGACCCGCGAGCUGACAAGGAUAAAUCUUCAGGCCCCCACUGCCAGUUGCUUCGCCGUGGCUCAGGGGAAGACUCGCACCCUGAUGGAGAAGGACUCCUAUCCGCGCUUCCUCAAGUCACCUGCUUACCGGGACCUGGCCGCCCAAACCUCAGCCGCCUCCUCCACCUCUGUAUCCAGCAGCAGCCCAGCUGAGCCUUCACACACUUGAGCCUCCACAGCAGCAAAGAAACCAGCAGGAAGAGAGGUGGAGUCAGCCGUCCCUGAAGCAGCUGCCCUGUAUGGGAGGCCGGUUCUGCCCGACAAGUGCCAGAGGACAGUGAAGGGACGCGCCUUCCUGCGUCCUGGGCGUGAAAUACUCCCUCUCCCCAGAUACUGCGGUGGGCUCAGUGUGGGAGAGGCUCCUCACUUUCAGGACCUGUGGCUGAGGGCUGACAAGCGGGCUGUGUGGGAAGGUGGAACAGCAGUUUGUUCUUCCCAUCAGGGCCCAGAGGCAUGCUGGGCCGGUUGGGAACUUUGAGAGCAGGAGCUGGAGAGAAUAUGAAUGGGGAACCUCCCUCUUUUGUGCUUGCCUUCCCAGAGAUACCCAGGGCCCCCUAGCUUAGGCUUCUUAACAUUCCUGUGUUCAUUCUUGCAGUCUCAUGGGAGUCAAUGAGUCAGGAUGAUUCUUGCCCCAAAUGAGAUUUUUAUACCUCAAAAAAACUGGCCUGUGAGCCCCUUUCUGGGUCAGUAACGAGCCCUGGAAAAGAAGCCACUUUGCUCAUGUGACCCUAGACUAGGUGCUCUCGGUGGCAGCAGGGUCCACCUGUGAACAGGGCUAACUGGGAGGCCUUACUGAGGCCUUGGGAGAUGAGGUCGGAGAGGAGGGAAGUGGGUGGAAGAGCCUUCAGACACGGGGUUAGCACUUAGGUCCAGCAACUGAGUGAGGGAGAAAGGGCCAUAGAAAAUUCAUCCGUGGGAGGAGCCUAAAAGUCUCACUGAAAUCAAAUCAGUUCUCUUUGUGGCUAUCAGCCUGGGAACAAGAGAUGUGCCCUCUGGUGGAAGGGGAGCCUGUGUUUCUUUCCUGUCGACAGGAGAUGCCCACUGUAGUUACGGGAGAGGUAGGUCAGGGACCAAGAUAGCUCUGGAAGGGAAGCUGGAAGGGUGGCCAGGGAGUAUCAGGGACUGCUUGGAAGGGUGGGAGCUGGGGAAAACCAACCUGACUACCACCUCUGGGUCUUACUGACUGAACAAACGGUCUAAGUUGGGACUUCCCGCACCAGAGACCAAACUGGCAGUGGAGAUCCAGGUUGCCAACAUUGUUCUCUCUGCACUUGAAGCUUCUCCAGAAGAACAGUAUUUAAGUAUAAUAUAUUGUUACAUUGUGUUGUGCUGAUUGUCUCAGCUAAUAUUGUCGCUGUUGUUAUUUAUUGUGGCUUGUUGGCCUCCACUGGAGAAACUCAGCUGGAGCUGUUGCCUGGCUGUGCCUCCUCCCCACCUGACUCUACCUCUGCAAGCCUUGGGAACCACUGAGGGCUGUGGGGGAGGGGGACACCCCACUGUUUUAAUAUUUAUUUAUUGUUAACCAAGGGAGCUGGGUUCCUUUAUCAGCGGUGUAUACAAUCCCCGUUUUUCUGUUUGAGAGUGUCAUGUUCUUGUAAGAAAUGAAAAUAAAACGCAAGUAUACCA